ACACUUUAAGGUGAGUUUGAAUUUAUGUUUUGCCGGCAGUGGGUGAGACCAGUUUCACGUCUGAAAAAUAACGUUUAGCUCCACUGAGGCUUGAUGGCUGCGAUCGGAGUCAAUGAACGCGAAGCAACAAACAGCCUUCCUAUGGAUGAGCUUACAACCUCCUGACUGGUCUGAAGAAAACAAAUCCCAAAGAAGUUGGUUGGUUGGUUUCUGAUUUUUCUCUCUUACUCGGCGUGAGUGAGUGUACUUUCAGCAAGAUAAAACAUUACCCCCCCGAGAGGAACACCGCCGAAGGGAAAGUCAAAAGCUGGAUGAAGCCUUGAGGUCGAGCAGGGCUUUGCUUUCGCAUGAAAGUUUGCGCAAUUUCAGGAAAUCCUGGAUGUUUUAAUCAUCUCCUUAGACUGUCAGCGGAACUAACCGAUGGCUAGCUUGGCUCGUCGGACAUGUGGAUGCUGCUAAUGCGGUUUUUGUGUGGGAAAGCCGUCUAGUUGCAAGGUUCCUCGCUCAGGGUGACAGCCAUGGAGGGUCUGGAACAGCUCGACAUGGUGGGGGAUAUCAGCCCAGCGCUGGAAGCCACAGAGGACUUCAUCCACUGCGUGGAUAAGAUGCAAGGCCAAGGUCCGAGCCAAGCUCAGACCAAUAGCUGCCAGCCCCCGAGGCAGCCCAAGCAGCUGUCGGGUGCGUCCAGCACUGCGCUGGGGAAGCUGAGCUCCAGCGGCGUGUGGGGUCUGCUGGCCAGAGAGCAGCCGGAGGUAGGGCCCCUCGGCCUGGCCUGGGCCGACAACUUCAGCGUGCUGGGGGUGGGGGUGGGUCUGAGACACGGCAAGAGAAGCCGAGCGCGUUCCACCAACGACCUGGCAGCACACACCAAGGAGGGCACCACCAACGCUGGCAACGCCACACCUAGUUCAGUGUUCAAGAAAGGACACAACCGGUCCAGGUCAGAUGUCAACUAUCGGCCGUCUGCCUACACGGACAACGGACUGCCCGCACUGGACAGCAACACCCUGAAGAACAUGAUCCUCAACCACCAGCAAGAGGCGAAUAAGAGCAGCACCGGCACCGUGGUGAAGCAGGGGGAGAUGGAGCAGCGCGAGGGGCCCCGCGGCCGCUGGGCGCCCUGCUACGUGGAGCUGACACCCUGCGAGCUUCGGCUGUACACCCUGGACAGCAGCGCCAACCGGCAGCUGGGCACCGCCUACUCCCUGUCCCACUGCCAGAGCGUCGUCUCGCCGGCGCCCGGCGGCCAGUCCCAUCAGAUGAGCCAGCCCGCCGACCGGCGCACGCUCCAGGCCGUGUUCUUCAACAGCACACGCCUCCAGCUGAGGGCGGCCAACCAGUGGGAAGCCAUCGAGUGGAGACGGCUGAUGUGGGACAAGGUGCAGGCGACCAGACCGGCGAGGCAGGAAAGCCGCCACCAUAAGACCGGGGGCAAAAAUCAGCAGGUCACGAAAUUCCCCACGCCCAUUUCGCCGUCCUCGUCGCCCUCUCCGUCCGGGCUGGACACAAGACCGGAUGGCGAUUGCGACACCCCCACGUCGGCAAAGGCCCCGCUCUCCUCUCAGCCUAGUUCUGGCUCCCUGAGCAGACCCACAACCCUGCCUUUGUUCACCCAGGCCUACCAAGACGUCAUCAGAUCUGGCGUGCUUCACCAGCUGAUGGAUCAGAACAACUGGCGGGCAUUUACCUUUGUGCUCACUAAGUCUACUCUGAAGGCCUUCCCUACUGAAGGGUCUGUGUCCCAGCCUGUCCGUCAGCACUCCCUUAAAUCCUGCUUGGGUGUACGAUAUGGUCAGGAGCUGGAGAACGGGGAUUUGUGGACCAACAAGAGAGAAUUAUUCCAGGCCCUUUUCUCCAAAGAGGUACUGACCCUACGGGCUGAGGAUCACCUCAGAGCUCAGGAGUGGGUGGAGGCUAUGUGGGAGGCUCUGGGAACACGGAAGCCUGCACAAGAAGAAGGGAGAGAAUCAGGUGAUGGACCUCUAGGCGUCCACGGCGUGCUGCUGAGAUCAAAACCGCUCAGGGACAGGAGGCACAAGGAGGCCCAGAGAGCCAAGCGGCAGUCGGUCACCACCAGUUUCCUCAGUAUCCUCACCUGCCUGGCUGUGGAGAAGGGGCUCACAGCUCAGAGCUUCAAAUGUGCAGGUUGUCAGAGGGCGGUUGGGCUGUCCAGGGGAAAAGCAAAGGUCUGUUAUUACAGCGGCUGGUACUACUGCCAGAGCUGCCAUCAGGACAACUCUUUCCUCAUUCCAGCUCGCCUGCUGCACAACUGGGACACCAACAAGCACAAGGUGUCGAAACAGGCCAAAGAGUUCCUGGAAUUUGUGUAUGAGGAGCCACUGCUGGACAUUCAGCAGCUCAACCCUUGCCUGUACGAACACUGUGAGCCUCUGAGCACAGUUCUCCGCCUCCGUCAGCAGCUUCAGUCGCUGCGGGCCUACCUAUUCAGCUGCAGGGCCACUGUCGCCGAGGAUCUCCGGAGAAGGAUUUUUCCCAGGGAAUACCUGCUACAGCACAUUCACCUGUACUCCUUGGCUGACCUGCAGCAGGUGAUCGAUGGGAAAUUGGCCCCCUUCCUGUCCAAGGUGAUCAAGUUUGCCAGCUCCCAUGUGCUCAGCUGCAGUUUGUGUCGAGAGAAGGGUUUUAUAUGUGAGCUCUGCCACAACGGACAGGUCAUAUAUCCCUUCCAGGAAAAUGCCACCCGCAGGUGCGACGGUUGCGGCGCCGUUUUUCACACCGAGUGCCGUCAGAAAGCACAGCCGUGUCCCCGCUGCGUCCGCAGAGAGCUCCACCACAAGAGGCCGUGCUCCUUCUGGUCGCCCGACGACGACAGCCCCGGGGGCUUUCACCUGCCCUACCAGGACACCUGAGACCGACCCCCACAGGGCAUCGCAGAGCCCCCACGUUUCUGAUCGAUGUGUCUUGCAGGUUAGAACUCAUCGUAGUUUUGACCAAAUGAGACACGUGCAGCUUUUGAUGCACUGCCAGGUUUGCGUUGCUCUGUGUGCAUCUGCCAACACAAACUCCUGAGCUGAGCCUCCGUCGCCCUACUGUAAAGAGCAAGAAGAAACCUGCUGCUGCGUCAAGCUUUACGGACCACAUAACUCGUAUUCACACACAUCCAGACUUACUCCUAUGUCUUAUUCCAGGGGUUAAAUAUACAAAAUCACAGCAGACCAUUAGAGAAUUCGAGCAAAAACUUGAAAAAUGUCGGUGGCUCAUAAUAAUCUUCUGCUCUUAAAGCCAUGCUGAUAUUUACUAAAGGAACAGUUAGUCAUUGGACAGAAAAUAAGUAUUAUACUAUAAACAUUUGGCUAUUUUUUUUUAUCCAAAAGCACAAGAUGUGUUGCUUUUCUUUUGUUUUAAGGCAAACUGAAAUGUUUUUGUUAGAUUUUUUGCCUUUUUUGCAGAGCACGAAUUAAAUCAUUUCUUUCCAUAGAGAAAGUGCUCUGCAUUCGUGUCACUCAGAGUUCAAUUUAAAUCUAACAGGAUAGGUUUACACUUUGUGUGUCCAUCUUGAAGCAAUGUCAAGUUUUACUAUUUACAACAAUAGUGGUCUGUCAGUUGUAAUCUCCUAUCCGUCCAAUACUUUUCCAAUACAAAUAUCAAUAUAUCAAAAUCAAUAUCAUGUGAUACAGGGCAAAAUGCAUUGCUUUUAUUUAUUCAUUUUUUCUUUUGUCAAAAAAUAACAGCAAUCGAAACAUUAAAAACAGUUUCUUAUUUUUUUGUUUGGGUUGGUAAAAUCAAUUCAUCAUCCCUUUUCGUCCUCUUAUUUGGGUCGUGGGGGAAACAGUUUUAAGAGGGAAACCCAGGCAUUUCCCAAACAACACUCCAUACCUCCUCCUCAGGGAUCCCAAGGCAUUGCCAGGUCAGACGGGAUAUACAUCCCUCCAUCUAGUCCUAGGUCUGCCCUGGGUGUUGUGUAGGAUGUGCACAGAAGACCUCCAUAGAAAGGCGACCAGGGGGUCUCGUUCUUCUGGCCCCGACCCAGAUCACGUGACCAUGGGGGAGGGUCAGAUCAAAGAUUGGCCAGUGACUUAACCUGUACAGAGAGUUUUGCUUUCUGGCUUUGCAGUAGCAACGCACUCACGGGGAGGAGUAUCGAGACCGGGUGCAGGGU